UCGGCACCUACCAGACCAAGCCACGAUGGCCACUACUACACUCCUUUUCUCCUGUUUUAUUCUUCUCAACCCGUCACUCGCACAGGAGUGGCCAUAUACCCCUCAAACCAUCGAGCUCGAUCUUGUCUUCCCGCGCAAUGAUACGUAUGCUCCAAUAGACUACUUCCCACUCAUACUGGGUCUUCAAAACGCCAAAGCUGCCUGGCCUCAGGGUAUUAUGAUAGACUGGAAGCUAGAGCAGCUGGACACAGAUAUGCGCAUGGAAGAGGGUUAUUUCCCACCGCACGAACCCCAGUACUACCUAGGUGGCUCAUACAAUACGCGGAACGAGCCGCCCUCCGACCCUUUCAUCUACUUUCAUUUCCCGUUCAACCUGCGUAACUUUACCUCAGGACAUUGGCGGUAUUCUUGGCGAUUUGGAUUCGCGCAGAAUUGUACCGCUCCGCAGGCUACAAGCGAGAGAUGGUUCCUUUCCCAGCCACGCCAAGAGGUCGUCUUUCGUACUGCCGCUGGGGGGAGGCCGGUUGACCUCCUUGACCCCCGGGACGAUUGCUUCGGCGAACCAGUUACUUUUGAGAUCGUGGACUGGACAAGAACGCUAUGGACAGACUUAGCUACGUGUCCGAUAUUGAAUGAAACGGCGCCUAAGCCAAAUCCAUGUGCGCUGCAGUUUGAGCAGACAGACGUUGGUAAUAUCACUGCUGCCAUAGAGGCGGACAAGGGGUGUAAACCAGGGAGUUUGGCAAAUAUUACAGAUAUUAGUAUUUCAAGUGUGUUUGACACCAAGGAAAAGUAG